AUGGAUCAUAAUAUGAUGCAAGAAGAGUGGAAGAAUUGUAAACGUAAUAAACAAGAGGCUCAAGCUAAGAAGACUUGUACUUCAAUUUCUCGAAGCACAAAGGAAGAUCGUAAAUUACUUGGAACGGAAACGGCGAGGGAUGAUGAUCCGAGGACGGUGGUGAUUGAGCCGAGAUACGGCGUUUCUUCGGUUUGCGGUAGAAGAAGAGAAAUGGAAGAUGCGGUGGCGAUUCAUCCUUCGUUUUCUUCUCCGAAGAAUUCGGAUUAUUCACAACACUAUUUUGGUGUUUACGAUGGCCAUGGUUGUUCCCACGUCGCAACUAGGUGUAGGGAGAGGCUUCACAAACUGGUGCAAGAAGAACUGAAUUCGGAAGGAGAAGAAGAAUGGAAAAAGACUAUGGAGCGUAGCUUCACACGCAUGGAUAGAGAGGUUGUGUUACCGAGUGAGACGGUCGUGAGCGCAGAUUGCAAAUGCGAGCUUCAAACGCCGAAUUGUGAAUCAGUCGGAUCAACCGCAGUUGUGUCGAUCAUUACGCCGGAUAAGAUCGUCGUCGCUAAUUGCGGCGAUUCUAGAGCAGUUCUCUGCCGGAACGGAAAACCAGUUCCUCUAUCCACCGAUCACAAGCCAGAUCGUCCAGAUGAAUUGGAUCGAAUCGAGGGAGCUGGAGGACGAGUCAUAUAUUGGGACUGCCCGAGAGUCUUGGGAGUCUUAGCAAUGUCACGGGCCAUAGGAGACAAUUAUUUGAAACCAUUCGUGAGUUGCGAGCCGGAGGUAACUAUAACAGACCGGUCUGACGAUGACUGCCUCAUACUAGCGAGCGAUGGCUUAUGGGAUGUAGUGCCAAACGAGACCGCCUGUUCCGUAGCGCGUAUGUGUCUCCGAGGUGGUCGGAGACGGAGAGAUAGUCCCGAUCUGGAGAUGGAUUCGAUUUCGGACAACGCGUGUACGGAAGCGUCUAUGUUGUUGACGAAGCUAGCGUUGGCAAGACACAGUAGUGACAACGUGAGUGUUGUCGUGAUUGAUCUCAGAAGAAAGGGACACGUAACCGGACACUAA